GGACUGUGGACCCUCCCCCUGCCACUGCAGGCGCCCCCAUCGCCCUCGACAGCGGAUCACUGAGGACCAUAGGAAGAGCUCUCCCGGGUGGGCCUGUAAAAUGGUGAAAGUAACGACCUCGAAGACCAAGCCGUAUACGGACCAAAAACCCGGAACGAGCGGCCUGAGGAAGAGGGUGACUGUGUUCCAGCAGAACGAACAUUAUGCUGAGAACUUCAUCCAGAGCAUUAUCUCUGUCAUCGAGCCAGCUGAGCGCCAGACAGCCACUCUGGUGGUGGGGGGCGACGGCAGGUUCUUCAUGAAAGACGCCAUUCAGCUCAUCGUUCAGAUUGCAGCCGCCAAUGGGAUUGGUCGCCUGGUGAUUGGUCAGGAUGGCAUCAUGUCCACCCCCAAUGUGUCCUGUGUGAUCCGCAAGCUGCAGGCAGUGGGUGGGAUCAUUCUAACAGCCAGCCACAACCCGGGGGGUCCCAACGGAGACUUUGGUAUCAAGUUCAACAUCUCCAAUGGAGGUCCUGCUCCAGAGGGUAUUACAAACAAAAUCUUUGAGAUCAGCAAAAGCCUUCAGGAGUAUUACAUCUGCCCGGAGCUCAAAGCGGAUCUGUCAAAGAUUGGCAAGCAGACCUUUGAUGUGGAGGGUUUCAAACCUUUCAUAGUGGAGAUCGUGGACUCUGUUGAGGCCUAUGCAGAUAUGCUGAGGGGGAUCUUUGACUUUGCUACACUGAAGGAGCUUCUCUCUGAAGCCAAUCACAUUAAUGUCCGCCUGGACGCAAUGCAUGGAGUGGUUGGUCCUUAUGUGAAGAAGAUAGUGUGUGGGGAGCUGGGUUCUCCAGCCAACUCUGCAGUCAACUGUGUCCCCAAGGAGGACUUUGGCGGGCAUCAUCCUGACCCAAACCUGACUUAUGCUGCAGACCUGGUGAACGCCAUGAAAAGCGGAGAGUAUGACUUUGGAGCCGCCUUCGAUGGUGAUGGCGACCGUAACAUGGUGCUCGGCAAACAUGGAUUUUUUGUGAACCCGUCGGACUCCGUGGCUGUUAUUGCUGCCAACAUUACCAGCAUUCCGUACUUCCGGAAGUCUGGUGUGAAGGGACUGGCCCGCAGUAUGCCCACAAGUGGAGCCCUGGACAAUGUGGCCAAAGCGCUGCAAAUGGAACUAUAUGAGACUCCAACAGGGUGGAAAUUCUUUGGGAACUUAAUGGAUGCAGGAAAACUGUCACUGUGUGGAGAAGAGAGCUUUGGCACCGGCUCCGAUCAUAUUCGGGAGAAGGACGGCCUGUGGGCAGUACUCGCAUGGUUGUCAAUCUUAGCCAGUCGGAAACAGAGCGUGGAAGAGAUCAUGAAGGACCACUGGCAAAAGUUUGGCAGAAACUUCUUCACCAGGUAUGAUUACGAGGAGGUCGACUCAGAUGCUGCCAAUCAAAUGAUUAAGGACCUGGAAACGGCAAUGUUCAACCCAUCCUUUGUGGGGAAGAAGUUCUCAUCGGGUGAUAAAACGUACGAGGUGGCAAUCGCAGACAACUUUGCCUACACAGAUCCUGUGGAUGGGAGUGUUUCCAAAAACCAGGGCCUCAGGAUUAUCUUUGCUGACGGUUCUCGGAUUAUUUUCCGUCUCAGCGGCACUGGAAGUGCAGGCGCAACCAUCAGGCUGUAUAUUGAUAGCUACGAAAAGGACCCCCAGAAGAUUUACCAGGACCCUCAGGUGAUGUUGGCGCCCUUGGUAGACAUCGCCUUGAAGGUUUCACGGCUUCAUGAGAAAACUGGACGCACCGGCCCCACUGUGAUCACAUGAUUCCUCUGCCACACUGCCUCCACUCACCAUGCGCAAUGAUAACCUUUUUGUCCUCUGUAUUUCAUUUUGGUCAUACUAAAAGAACUGGGCAAAACACAGGACACGGUUUGACACUUCCGUUAUUUCAGUUGGUAUGUGGGAUUCUUGCGAAAAAGGGAAAGUUGUUAAUGGUACUGCCUUACACAGAUACGUUUAUUUUAAUGUUGUAGCAUUUCAGUCAUAAAAAGUGUACAGUAUAUAGGAGAAUUAACGUUUAAAGCGUGAUCUACUGUGUUGUCCGGUUUGAUCCUAAACACUGUGACAAAUAACUAACUGAAAAUGAGAAAUGUGGGGGUUAUUUCAUCCUUCCUUGUCCUUCAUCUUGGUGGACCUGGUGCCUUCCCCUCUUCUUCCAGACCAGCCAGAACCACGAAACCACCAUCAAAGUGAUGCAUUAAAAAUAAAGUAAACUAAAUGGUCAUCAAUAA